CAUAAGGAAGUCAGCUGAUCAGCUCCAAAAACACUGUGACAUUUGGCGUCAUCGACCUGAAGGAAGAUUGUCGUUCAGUUAUUAAUAACCAAAAAAUGGAUCAUUGGAUACAUCAGAGUUUGUCAGCAAUCCUCAACUUCCCUGUUACUGAGGAGAUGAUCCAGUACAUGCUGACGAUAGAGAAUGAGAGGGAUUUGGAUGACUUCUCCAAGAAUUUCCUGGACUUGAGCAAUCCAAAACACAAAAACUUUAUCGUUGAACUCAAGAGGAAAAAAGCUCACGAGAAUCAAUUCACUGGCUAUAGAAAGUCCAAUGACAAUGACAGUGUCCCCCAAAAGUCCAAGGACAAGAAAAAAGCAAAAUCCAAGGAAAAGGAAGUUAUCGAGUCUCACCAGGAGUCCUCGAAGUCAGAUAAACCAGAAAAAAGAAAGAAAUUUGUGAAUUUAUACUCAACGGAGGGUAACAAAGUGGCGGUUUUUCUAAAGGGACGAGUCAAGUGCGAUUGCGAAGCAAAAAUUCAUUCAUUGAUCAACAAUUGCUUAACGUGUGGAAGAAUAGUUUGUGCGCAGGAAGGGGCAGGCCCCUGUUUCUUCUGCGGGGAAUUGGUCUGCACUCCCAAUCAACAGGCUGUCUUGGCAUCGAAAUCCAAAGCCUCAGACAAUCUUUACAAUAAGUUGAUGGGGGAUAGUAACAGCAAAGCAGCGUUAAGGCAGAGAGAUAAACUCCUGGAGUACGACAGGAACAGUGCGAGAAGAACGCAGGUAAUUGAUGACGAGUCUGACUACUUCCAAUCAAGUAAUAGUGUCUGGUUGUCCAAAGACGAGAGAGCCGAAAUGGAAAAGAGAGAGGCUGAAAUGCGGGAGAAAAAAUAUGGGUCUCGCUUGGAGAAGAAGUUUACAGUGGAUAUAUUUGGGAGGGAUGUAAUUGAGGAGGCGGACGAUGCCGAGGACAUCUUCAAAAGGCAGUUGGAGGUCCUGGAGAAGAGUGCGCGAAUAGCGGGAGGAGGGGAGGAGCUGAUCUGCCCGAAUUUUGAGUUCGAUCGACCAGUGUAUGUGGAGGGGACUUUGUCUAGAAUAAUUUCCUCGAAGAAGCCAACGGAAUCAACGACUCAUCGAGUUCAGGAUAAAGAGCUCUUGGAGAUGGUGGACGAAGGCCUCUGUCUGUCAAUGCACCAGCCCUGGGCUUCUCUUCUUGUCGCUGGGAUAAAGAAACACGAAGGGAGAACAUGGUACUCGUCCCAUCGAGGAAGAUUGUGGAUUCACGCCGCCUCGAAGACCCCCUCCACCGAGGAAAUUUCAACUCUCGAGAAUCGGUACAGAGUUCUAGUUGCGGAAAAUCUCAAAUUCCCCCAGAAUUACCCCACGAAAGUCCUCCUGGGGUACGUCACAGUCCUUGAUGUCCUCCCUCAAGAGGAGUACCGCAAGCUUUACCCCGAGGGGGAGUCAGACGCCCCCUACGUUUUCAUUUGCGACGAUUUCCACGAAUUACCGAUUAAAUUUCCCAUGCAGGGAAAAAUGAAAAUUUAUAAAUUAGAUAAGAAAAUUCAUCAAGCUGCGCUGAAAUGUGCAGAACGUUUUUCCAAGGUGAAUACAGGAUAAUUAUUCGACUUAAGAUUAUUAAAACUACUGAGAGACAAACUUCAGAAAUAAAUCACAAAAAAAAUCCA